GAGUUCAGUGUGCUGCUUUUCUUCUGAGGGACAGAGGUAUUAUCUGGUGGAGAACUACGAUGCGUAUGCUAGGUGGAGAUGUGAGACAGAUUACCUGGGAUCAGUUUAAAGACUGCUUCUAUACCAAGUUUUUCUCGGCUAACCUUAGAGACGCCAAAAGCCAGGAAUUCUUGGAAUUGAAGCAAGGACAUAUGACAGUCGAGGAGUACGACCAGGAGUUUGAUAUGCUGUCGCGUUUUGCCCCUGAACUUGUUGGUAAUGAGCAGGCUAAAGCUGAUAGGUUCGUCAAAGGAUUGAGAGAUGAGAUUAGAGGCUUUGUGCGAGCACUAAAGCCCACUACCCAGGCUGAAGCGCUGCGCCUGGCAAUGGAUAUGAGCAUUGGGAAGGAUGAAAUUCGGGCAAGGAGUUUUGAUAAGGGAUCGUCGUCUGGUCAAAAGAGGAAAGCAGAGCAGAGAACUGUGGGAAUUCCUUAGAGGAACUUGAGAUCAGGCAAUCCUUUUUGCAGUUUCCAGCAGAGUUCUGGUGGGGCAGGAGACACUACUCGAGAGAAGCCACUAUGCAAUACGUGUGGGAAACACCACCUGGGUCGUUGUUUGAUGGGAACGAGAGUCUGUUAUAAGUGCAAGCAAGAGGGACACAUGGCUGAUCGAUGUCCCUUAAGAUCUACUGGGGCUGGACAGAGCAGUCAGGGAGCGAAACCUCCACAGCGGGGUACAAUCUUUGCCACUAAUAGAUCAUAAGCACAGAAGGCCUGCACAGUGAUGACAGGUACAUUACCAGUGUUAGGGCAUUUUGCCUUAACCUUGUUUGACUCGGGGUCUUCUCAUUCAUUUAUUUCAUCGCUUUUUGUGACGCAUGCAUGCUUAGAGAUGGAACCCUUAGAUUAUGUUUUGUCAGUGUCUACACCGUCUGGAGAAAUUAUGUUGUCUAAGGAAAAGACUAAAGCAUGUGAAAUUGAGAUAGCUGGUCGUGUGCUGGACGUAACCUUGUUGGUAUUAGAUAUGCGUGACUUUGAUGUAAUUUUAGGUAUGGAUUGGCUAGCUACUAAUCAUGCUAGUAU